AUGUUGUCAUUGCUGCUCCUUCUACCUGCCGUAAUGGCUGACCCAUUCUGGAUGACCGCCGAUUUGCUGAGAGUGGAUUGGAGUGAAGGAUGUCUAACCACCGCUGGUUGUUCUCAUCCCAGAUUUGAGAUACUUGGAGAUUUGCCCCCACAAUUUGAGGAGAUUUCCAUUAGUUGGCCUAUUUCCGAGCAUUUUGUGCAGGACACCUCGCGCUCAUUUGUAUCCCACUGGGCGAAAGGUAAGCCGGAAGAUCUGAAGCUCAGGUGCCAGGUGGUUGGCACCGACCCUCUUUAUGGUUUUCCGCGAGUCUGUGACCUUACUGGGUCGGUCCGCGCCUUUCCGGAUGGAAUCGACGAAAUUUUGGAACGAAGACGACGUCAGGCGAAGGUCACGACCACCACUGCAAUGCCAGAAGAGGAACUGGGCAAGAGGCUGAUUGAAGUCCGGGCCAGGUGUUUCAACGCUACCGUGGCGGUGGAAAAGCAUACAGAGAGAUGUCCAUGGUGUCCGGACCCAGAGGAUGUGGCGCUCAUCGAACAGAAGUUCCCAGAAGAUCCAUCGUCUGCCUUUUCGACUUCGAUUUUUUCCCGAUUGAAGAAUGACGACAAGGUUUUGCAAGCUUCUGUGCUGACCCUGGCAGCGAUCUGUGUUUUGACUUCGAUGAGUUUUGCUUGUGCACUUGUUGCUCUUCUUCGACAAAAAAGGUCUCAUCGGCAAAUUACCAUAAAGGCGCGCUGUCAGCCAUAUUCACCACCAAGCUGCAAAAUUCCAGAGGAAGAAACUAGAUACGAUAUGCCAUGGGAACAAACACUUCCGCUCACUUAUUGCCUGUCGUCUUCAUCAAAAUCGACUACGACAUCUCCGCUGGACUCGACGUCGUCAUUUGGUGCAUCGCCGUCGGUUAUUAAUCCAUAUGGCUUCCGACCCGGGUGCACCAUACCGCAGACACAAAUUUACCAUCAUAUCUCACCAAAUUCUUCCGCACUUGCCGGACAUGAUUCUGGACUGGGAUCCGUCUAA